CGAACCCACGCAGACCAGGAUGGAUUUUUUUCUCCUUUUUUGAGGCGCAUGUACACCUUUAAGCUCAGCGCAGAGUGCAGCGAGUUCAUGUGUCCGUAAAGGCGCACGCCGCGAUCACAGUCCACUCUCGGUGCGACGUCGGGCCGCGCAGCAGCACGCAGAGGCGGCAGCAGCCAGCCAGCCAGCCAGCCUGACAGCUCCCGGCCCGUCUGUGUCUUUAAAGGCGAACUCCAGCAACGCGGAAUGGUGCAUGAUGUCAGAAAGCUCGCAUUCCGCGUCCUGUUCGCGUGAGCCGCGUUUUACUUCCUGCACAGGGACAGAGAAACACAGAGUGGGAUAAGCGAGAUGGGGGGACGAGCGGCCAAGACAGGACUGAAGUGAUAGAGCGAGCCAGCGGACGAAAAGGGAAGGCGGGGAGGGGGGAAGAACCGUGGCCUGCUUUCAAAAGAAACAGAAAAAGAGAGAGCGAAAGACAGCCCAGAAAGUUUAUAGAUCAUCCGAUCAGCCUCCUCUUCGCCAGCUGAUCGCCGCAUUCUAUGGACCAGCGACAUAUCGGAUGCCUCUCCCGGUGUCGGAAACUGCAGUGAAUAUCUGAACGCUCAUCUCCCACUGCGACCAACAUGUCCCAGCUGCUCCAUGUGGAGAUCCCGAACUUUGGAGCCACAGUUCUGGGAUCCCUGAAUGAGCAGCGCCUGCUGGGAAACUACUGUGAUGUAUCAAUUGUGGUGAAAGGUCAGGCUUUUAAAGCCCACCGGGCUGUUUUGGCUGCCAGCAGCCUCUACUUCCGUGACCUCUUCAGCAGCUCCUCUAAGACCCAGUUUGAGUUGCCUUCCUCUGUGACACCUGCUUGUUUUGAGCAGAUUCUCACGUUUUGCUAUACAGGGAAGCUAACUAUGGCAGCUAGUGAACAGCUGGUGGUGAUGUACACUGCUGGUUACCUUCAGAUUCAACAUAUAGUUGAAAGGGGCAUGGAACUAAUGUUCAAGGCCAACUCCCCUCACUGUGACUCACAAACAGCGGGGUCCUUGGAAGAAACGGGGUCCGAGCCGCAGAGUCCCUGCAACAACAUCAACGGCCUCUCAGUAGCAGCCUUUCUGGGAACCCAGGGCUUGCCUACAUCGAUAAUCUUGCCCCACCGUAAGAUCAAACUAGAAGGCGGCGAUCCAGUACCCGUCUCAAUACCCCCGGUGCAAAUCAAGACUUCGUCUCCAGAGUUGGGGGUUCGGAUGGAGAGGGCGAGCUCACUGUUCUACACUGCAGCUGGUGGGACUCCCAUCCCUGGUAUUCCUUCCUUCCAUCUUCAAACACCCGGAGGAGGAGGAGGCGGAGCCAGCGGAGGAGGAACAGGUGGCGAGAGAUCCAGCCCCGGCGCAUCCAGCCUGCCCACCACCGACAGUCCAACAUCCUACCAGAACGAUGAUGAAGAGUUCGAGGAGGAGCCCUAUGAUGGGAUGGCCGAGGAAACCUACAAUAACCUCUAUGGACGUGGAGCUAACCCCUACGGAAUCCAAGACAAACCAGACGUAGCAGCGAUUCCGGUGGCAUUGGAGAAUCGCAACUGUGUGUUGAUCCGCAGAGACCUCGUAUCGCUGCCAGCGAGCCUCGUGAGUCAGAUCGGCUACCGCUGCCACCCUAAACUCUACACCGAGGGGGACCCUGGGGAGAAGCUGGAAUUGGUAGCUGGUACCCAGGUGUUUAUGACAAGAGGCCAGCUGAUGAACUGCCACCUUUGUGCGGGGAUCAAGCACAAAGUCUUGCUGCGUCGCCUCUUAGCCACUUUCUUCGACAGAAACACUCUAGCAAAUAGCUGCGGGACAGGCAUCCGCUCCUCCACCAGUGACCCCAGUCGGAAACCCUUGGACAGCAGGGUCCUAAACGCUGUUAAACUUUACUGUCAAAACUUUAAUCCUAACUUCAAGGAGAGUGAAAUGAAUGUGAUCGCUGCUGAUAUGUGCACAAACGCAAGGCGGGUCCGCAAGAGGUGGCUGCCCAAGAUCAAGUCCAUGCUGCCCGAUGGAAUGGAGGUGUACCGCGCGGGGAUAAGCAUGAGCGCUGCUGUAGGUCUGGGCCUGGCCCUGAGCGCCCCGCACACAGGAGCACCUCUCUCCUUCGAGCCUGACUUCAAGACCUUAGAGCAGAGGUUGUACCCGGAUCGAAAGGACCCUCACAGGACUCAUCCAGAAGGCAGCCCCCCGUCUGGAGGCGGAGCAGAGGGCGAACGGGAAACAGUUGGCCAGGGGGAGCAGAGGGAAGACGAGGACGAAGCGAGGUCGGAGGGCGUAGACAGAUCACGGGGGACGCCCACUUUGAUCCCGGGGUCGGUGACGGGCAACACGUCACCGGAGCAGAAGGUGGAAAGCUUUGGACAAGGUCUGAGGGUGAACGGACAGUGAGUGUCCCUCUCAGCUUCCCGUCACGUCGUCGAACCUGUUUAACUCACGCAGUUCCUUCUGCUUGCUCUCUCACAUCCCAAAUCCACGGCGCUCUCUUCUUUCUCCUCAGUGUCCGCUCAUCCUAUUACUCCAGAGUCUGUCACAAAUGCAUGCGCACGUGUGUGCUCGAGUACUUUAACAGAAGAGGAAGAAUCAGAUACAGGCAUGGCAUUAGCAAAUCAGCCCUUUCCGAAUAUCAUUCUUUUCCUAUUAAUCUAGACACACAUUUGUGUCAUAAAAUUGCAAACAUCAGCAAAUUGUUGCAAUGACUCAUCAGUUUGGUACAAUAAAUAAGCAACAGCUGCUUAGUGGGCAGUUUUUUAGUGAACUUUUUUUUUUUUGGGGAAAAUGUGCUUCUUAAACAAACAAACAAACCUGUGGAAGACCACAAAGAAUAAUAAGAUUAGCUAAAUUUACUUUAGGACAUUUUAUUCUGAAAAACACAUUUUUUAUGAAGACUGCUCGUUAGGCGAAAAUUUAAAACGCUUUUAUCCCAAAUCCAAAAGACAAACCUAUCACACAUGUUUUUCAUGCUUAUCCACCCACGUCAUGAUAGAUGUGUACACACUCAUUUAGCUUUUAAUAUCUCAACAGUAUAUUAAAAGAUUCCACCAAAUGAUAUGUUGCCGUGUUUUCUAGCUUUUACAAUAAAAAAAUAAAAUUGUUUUUUUUGGGGGGGAAACAGAGAGAAACAUUCAAGCUUGCAUGCAUGGAAACAAACAGUAAAUGGAAAGAAUAGCUGAAAACAACAGCAAAGCCUGCAUCUAAAUAAGAUAAAAGCAACUCUUGCCUGGAGCCGUGUGCAGACAAAAACCCAAAACGACUUCUCUCCAGGACUUCAGUCUAACAAGCGUUAGAACUGGCUUCUGUGUGACCUACCAUUGACUUUGAAUUUCUGAUUUCACCUGUGGACCGGUGACCACCGAGAGAGGAGAAUGCAUGGAGUGGAAAGAGAAGGUGCACUACACUGAACGGUAGAGGAGAAAAUGCCGGAGCGGAGCACUGUUCCACCUGUGAUGUGAUAUGUACAGAGACUACACAGUCCUGCUUCCAUCUUUUUUUUUUUUUUAAUCUUUGUGGGGGAAUGGGUGGGUGGGUAAAUUAUUAAAUAAAACUUUUAAGAGCAAUUUAUGCUGGCUUACUGCAUUUGCACUCAAGAAGGUUAAAGGGUGGGAAAGUGAGGAGUUGGCAAAAUGGACCUGUAAAGACUGCAAAUUGCCACCACAUCACCCUGGUUACAUAAUUAAUCAGGCAUUUGUGGCCUUGGAAAGAAACAACGGGUGUCUCUGACGAUGACUGUUUCUAUGGUUUUGAUGGAGCAAGGUCAUUUUAGUUUGUUGUCUGUUUUUAAUGCUUGUUGCCACUCACAGAAUUCAGCCUUUUCUUUCUUGUUUCAUGCAUUGAUUUACAAAAACAACAUAAAAAAAGAUGCACACUUGUAUGCAUCCUUUGUACUUUGCUUUUUUUUUCAUUGUUUCUGCCAGCAAUGAAAGCAUAGUUGAUCACAAAAGCAGAUUGUUAAUUUAAAGACAAGGUCAAAAGGUGGAUUGGAAAAAAAAGUUUUUCUUUCUACAAAAUAAGAGCUUGAAACUGGAAGUUCAGCUCAUGUAUAUGCCCUCUUUUUUAUACUUUUUUUUGUUUUAGUGUUUUCAAAGUUUCAUUUUCCUUCUUUCCAUUUAUUUAGUAUUUUUAGUGUAAGAUCUGCAAAACAAAAACAGAAAUUGCACUAGUUAAUGAAAAUGUUACCUUUUUUUUUAUUGUUUUAUGCUUUUCAAAAAUGUGGUCUGCCAUACGUCUUUUACUGAGUGGCCAAACUAUUGGGUGAAUGUACCCUGUAGCAAUGCUUUGGCAAAGGUACAGGUCUUGAGUGAAUGCAGUACAUUUAUUGAUUUCUUUUAACUUUUUUACAUUUACUUAGAAUAAAAAUUUAAUAAGAUUAUCAUAAUUAGUUUUAAGUGUCAGGCUGGAUAAAGUCCUGAUUUAAAACCGAGAUUUUUAAGCUGCCAUACACAGGUCUUCCAACAGAAUAGAAGGGAGCUUUUUACUAAAUGUCCAAAACCAAUUAAUGUUCAAGUAGCACAUUGAUAUUUAUUGUUUUAUGGGCUUUUUAAAUUUUUUAUCCCAACAAUUCUGUAUGUCGAAUUGAAAGAAAGUUUGAUAAAAUACCUUCUGUCAUUUCUAAUUUAUUCUUCAAUAGUUUUUUUGGUGGAUUUUAUUGUCCUUACUACUGAUUAUUUUUUUUGUUUGUUUGUUUAUUUUUUAUAAAAGGAAAAACUAAUAAAAAUUAAAUAAAAUCCAGAAAAAUUUUGAGCAGCUUAAAUUUUUUUGACACUAAAUGAAUCUAGAACCUCUCUUAAAUCCUACUCACAAACUAACAUGUGAGCAUCUUAUACUGUUUAGUCAUUUCAAAUAUGUUCUUCCUUUUGGUUUUAAUUUAAAAAAGUAAAAAAAAAAAUGUUUCUAGUAGAAAAAAGUUUAGUCAAAUGAAUAAAUUAUUCCGUUUGGAAAACAUGAAUAUCCUCCAUUGUACUGACAGAAAAGGAAUGUGGAGCAGUGCCUUAGAUUGUUAUAUGUGGAGAUGUGCCAUAUUUUUUUUUAAGAAACAAACAAGGCCAUAAAACUUACAAUCAAGUACAUAUUUAUUUAUUUUUUUCAAUUGGUAGCUGCAUUUAACUGGCUGGUGAAUACCCUCACCUUCAAAAUAAAACAACUUCCUGUCCAAAAAAUAAGAAGGAUAAAAUCUCACAUUUGUUCUACUUUAAUAUAUCCAUUUGAUAUGCCUUCUGUCAAAAAAAAAAAAAAACUUGGUCACAUUUUUAUGCUAAAUUACCAAACUAUUGGUCACCAACUUAAUAUAUUUUCUUUGUUUUGUGAAGAGUUAAAGUAACGUUGAAUGAUGUUGCACUAUUGCGGGAAACUCAGAGAAUGUCAGGAAUUUGUGCUGGUUGCAAAAAAAAAAAGUAAUAAUAAUAAUAAUGUUCUUCAGUUUGUUUUAUUUGACUAAAACCCACUUGUUGCUGAAUCAUUUGUCCUGAUGAUCACUGAAUGUAAAGAGGCAGGAUGGGACCGGAUGGAAAUAAACUUUUGACCUGU